CAGAGUUUUCUUGUUUACUUUAAGUUCAUUCUUUCAGUACUCAAACAUAUGGUCCUUCGACUGAAUUUUUUUUUUGUUUAAAGUAGAGCAUAGGCAAUAGAUUUAAAUUCGAUUAAAAUAAUUGCGGAAAUUAUUAAAAUAAGAGAAAAUAUUCGUAAUACACCAUAGUAUUCGGAUUGUAUGAAAAAAGUGAAGCCGUCACACCAUAGUGUCGUGCGUUGUUGCUUGGAUUUGCAUUGCGUGAAAAAAUAUAGCGGUCACACCAAAGUGACGCGCGUAUAUUUCGCUGGAAUUGAAUCGCAUGAGAAACAUAGCGUCGCACCAAAGUGACUGUGUGAAUAUUGUGAAAAUUGACAGCACACCAGAGUGUUGCAAUUUGGUAAAGAGAAAUUGAAAGACAUUUUUUUUUCCGUGAAAAUAAAUAAAAUAAAGAACAUUUUUUUUCGGAUUCCAGAUUGUUUCUCCCAUCGUCGUUGUGUGUGCGUGAAUAGCGGCUGUCUCACCACAGAGUCAGUGCGCGGUGCACACAGUCAGUGGUUUUUUUUCCACUCGGUUGCUUGUGAGCAGGUGCAUAAUUGCUCGAGAGCAGGCGCGUAUUUGCUUGAGGGUAAAAGUGCAAACGGUACUUAUUGCGUCGCACACAUUAAAUUGAGAGCAUUUUUGGCAUCAUGCCAAAGAAUGGGAAAAAGAAGAAAUCAACCCGUCGCGAGGAGAGCGACGAUGACGUUAUCGAAUUGCAUCACAAUGGCGAUGUUGAAUCCGAUGCGUCGAACAGUUUUUGGCACAUAAAUCGGAUCGAAGCGGAUGCUCGCUCGAAACCACGCCGAGGACAGAAAGAAAAUAUGUAUUGCCUCAUUGAUACAUGUGUGGUCGGCUUAGAACGAAUUUUAGGCAUCACGAAUGAUGCCAACUUUGAGGAAUUGCCGUUACCAACGAUCGAAAGUCAAAUCGCAUUAGUUAAAAUGUAUCAUGCCAAAGCAUUCAAUCACAUAGUUGACAGCACUGAAAAGGCCAACGCUAAAGCAAUGAUGGAUAUGAAAAGCGUGAUGGAGAGAGUCGAUGCGCUGCAUGAAAAUUUAAUGAAUGUGCUUGCCAAAAGAAAAAGAGUGUUGGAGCUUGAAGAAGCUGGUGUAAUGAAUGCUGCACAAAGGCAACCAGCUGCAAUGAACCGUGAUUCAUUGCCUGAUGUCAAGGUCAAAAAGGUUGAAAUUGAGAAGUUCGAUGGUGAUGAAGAAAAAUGGCCGCAAUUUAAGUCCAGUUUCGAGGAUUGUUUUCAUAAUCGGUCUGAUAUGACCGGGUCAACCAAAUUUUACCAUUUGAUGAAUCAUUUACAGCCAGGUUCUGAAGCGUACGAUACCGUUAAAGGGUUGCCUCGAACCGACGAAAUGUAUGACGGUGCUUGGAGAGCAUUAAUCGAAGCGUAUGAAAACAAAAGAAGAAUCGUGAACAGAAUUGUGUUGUCAUUCUUGGACAUGCCAAGUGUUGAAUCGCCAUCGCGUCAAGGCCUCAUUGGAUUGGUCAAUCAAACGAAUAAUUUAUUGCAUUCACUUCCGACGUAUGGAAUUCAUGUACAGCAUUGGGAUCCCAUUCUAGUGCCAUUGCUGCUACGGAAAUUGGAUGGAGAGUCGAUUCGUUUGUGGGCUUUGGAGCGCGACCAAAAGAAAAUCGCUGAGAUUCAUCCAUUACUUGAUUUUAUUCGCAAGAGAGCUGAUGGAAUGGACGCUGAAUUUGUGAUGAAUGUUGGUAGCUCAUCACAUAAGUACACAUCGCAUAAAAGCGCAUCGAACGGUAAUUCAUCGACUUUGUCGAAGCGACAUUUUAGAGGUGCUGAGUCAUCGGCAAGUCUGCCAGUUGGAACGAAUAACGGUGCUUCGUCUAAGUACACGCAUGAUCCAAACAAUGUGAAGAGACGACGUGGCAAUUGCUAUCAUUGUAAUGGGCAACACCAGUUGUUCGCGUGUGAAUCAUUUGGUCGAAUGUCGAUUGAAUUGAGAGAAGAGAGGUUGAACACGUUGAACAUUUGCACGAAGUGCCUUCGCAGAGGUCAUUCAAAGGAUUCUUGCACAAUUUCAAAUUGCAAUUGCGGUGGACCGCAUAAUCGUUUACUGUGCCCACAAAAGAACAACGCAACUAGUGUGAUGUCAAUGGUUAAUUCAGGUGCCGUGACUGACAUCGAUGCUACGUUGAUUGCAACGCUAAGAGUCGCUGCAAGUGACAAAAAUGGUAACGUUGUGAAGGUAAGAGCAAUGGGAGAUGGUGGAUCGCACAUGUGCAUGAUUUCUCACCGACUUGCUCAAAUGCUGAAGCUCGAACAAAUCAAAUUGUCCGUUCCAAUGCGUGGACCCGACAACAGCAAUGUGGUUUCAAAGGCAAUUGUUGACUUGAAAAUUGCACCAACGAAUGGUUUGAGUGAUGGUGAAUGGAUUCGUGCUGGGGUUUUGGACCGCAUUACAUCACCAUUGCCAGUCAAACAAUUUGAUAUCGAUGAUUGGGAUCACAUUCAAGGUUUGCCUUUAGCUGAUGCAACAUUCAAUGAACCGGAUGAGAUAGACAUUUUGCUCAGCGUUGAAUUCAUGGCGCGUAUACAAUGUGAUGGACUGCGAAAGAACGUCAGCAAUCCGAAAUUGCCCGUCGCUAGCAAAACGAAAUUUGGAUGGCUGAUUUAUGGCGCAUUGCCAGAAACUCAACGGUUUGGCUCGGUUGCACAUAUGGCUUUUGAAGAAAGUCAAAACAUCGCUAAAAGUCUGGAAAUGCUUUGGAAUGUCGAUAUUGUCAAAGAAAGGAAGCUGUUAACGGCUGAAGAAGAAUUGUGUAAGCAAAUUUUUGAAAAUAGCGUCACCAAGGAUAGCGAUGGACACUACGUUGUUGCUAUGCCGUUUGUACCGAAUCAUCCUCAAUUGGGUAAUUCAUUGCGUGCAGCGAUUGCACGGCAGUAUCAAAAUGAGUCGAGAUUUCGGAAAAAUUCUGCACUUAAAGCAAAAUACAUCGAGGACUUGCAACAGUUCAUUGAUUUGGAUCACAUGGAGCUCGUGCCAUUUGGUGAAGUGAAUAAGCCUGAUUCCGAGGCUUAUUACAUACCACAUCAUGCAGCUAGGACGAAAAAAUUCAGAGUUGUUUUCGAUGGUUCAGUCAAAACAUCGUCUGGAGUUUCUUUGAACGACAUAUUACUAAAUGGCCCUCGUGUGCAAGAGGAUUUGACGUCAAUUAUUAUGAGAUUUCGAACUCAUCGCAUCGCAUUGACAACUGAUAUAACGAAAAUGUACCGUCAAGUGCGUGUGCCAAAGGAACAACGGGAUUUUUUGCGCAUUGUUUGGCGUGAAAAUGAGAAUGAGCCAUUAAAACACUAUCGAUUGAAAACACAGACGUAUGGGUUGAAAUCGAGCGCUUAUUGUUGCAUUGAAACUUUACGUCACUGCGCUCGUGAGCAUGCAAAUGAAUUUCCGAUGGCAUCGAAAGCGGUUUUGGAAUCGUUUUAUGCAGAUGAUGGCACAUUGGGAGCCGAUAAUGACACCGAAGCAGAAGAAUUGUAUCGGCAACUGAAUGCGAUGUUGGGAAAGUGUGGUUUUCCAUUAGCCAAGUGGGCUUCCAACAGUAAUCACAUGCGAUCGGUCAUUGGAGCCACAUCGAAGACGAUUGAUUUGGAAUUGUUCAACGAAAAUUCUGUGUUGGGAAUAAAAUGGUCGGUUCAAGAAGACUAUUUUCGAUAUGAAUUUUGCGAUGAAAUUCAGGAUCAUCCGCCAACAAAAAGAUUCAUCAUAGCGUCGAUAGCAAAGUUGUACGAUCCAAACGGAUGGAUUUCGCCUGUCAUUAUUUUGGGAAAAAUGCUCAUAAGAAAGAUUUGGCUCAGCAAAUGUGACUGGGACACCAUAGUACCAGUGGACUUGCAAAGUGAGUGGAAUGAGUUUCGUCAUGCGUUGAAAGAUUUAUCAAAAGUAACCAUUCCGAGAUGGCUUGGAAUAUCGAAAGAAGCGUUUGUGGAAAUUCAUGGUUUUUCGGAUGCAUCUAAAUUGGCAUACGGCGUCGCUUUCUACACCAGAGUAGUAAGUGUUGAUGGUCGCAUAAGAUGUUAUUUGGUGGCAUCGAAAACGAGAGUUGCCUCGCUUAAAGGAAUGACUAUUCCCCGUUUAGAGCUGUGUGGUGCUUUGUUGAUGGUACAAAUGUGUGAGCAGGUUUGUGUUGCACACAGCGUAUCGUAUGAAAAUGUCACGUUGUGGUGUGACUCGAGCAUCGUAAUUCAUUGGUUGUCGAAAUGUCCAACCACCAUGAAAACAUUUGUUGGAAACAGGAUAGCCGAGAUUCAAGAAUUGUCCAAAGGCAUACAGUGGAAACAUGUGCGUACGAAAGAUAAUCCGGCAGACCUAGCAUCGAGAGGUCUAAUUGCAACGAAUAUUGUCAACAAUGCAUUUUGGUUCAACGGCCCAGAAUGGCUUGUGAAGGAAAAAGAUGAAUGGCCUGUGAGUGCGUUUGUUGUCGAUCGUCAAGUGGAAGAAGCUACGGUUGAAGAAGCCAAACCGGCACCAGUGUUGAUGACCAUCACUCAGGUUGAUGUGGUGCCACGAAUUGAAGUUGAAGUCAAAGGUGGACCGAGAGAAUCACUUUUGGAUCGAUGUGGCUCAAUGAAGAAGUUGGUACACGUAACAGCGCGUGUAUUUCGAUUCAUACGCAGAACAAAAGACAAGAUUCAUUUCGAUUCCAUGUGCAUUUCGGAAGAAGAAUACUUGAAUGCACAAGCAUUUUGGAUAAAAUAUCAUCAGCGUCAGUUCUUUGCCAAAGAAAUUAGUAUUGACACACAAUCGAAUGAAAAUCGUGAAGAGAAGAUGAAGCAUUUGAACGUCGGACGUGAUUCGUCAAUCGUGAAAUUGACACCGUUUGUCGAUGGAGAUGGAAUCAUGAGAGUCGGAGGUCGAAUCAAGCGUUCGUUGAUGCCUUUUGAUACGGUGCAUCCGAUUAUUUUGUAUCACACGUGUCGAUUCACUCAUCUAUUGGCCUUGGAAGCACACAUGGAAACGUCGCAUGGAGGUAAUCAAUUGUGCAUGCAAUACAUUCGUCAACGGUUUUGGAUUAUCAACGUUCGUAAAGCCAUAAAGCGUGUCACACUCAAGUGUGUGCCAUGUUUUCGUCAGCGCAAGGAAACUGCUACUCAACUCAUGGGAAGUUUACCUGAAACCAGAGUCACGUCUGGGUUUGCAUUCGAAUCGGUUGGAAUCGAUUACUGUGGUCCGGUGACAGUUAAAGAGAGAUUGGGAAGAGGAAAGAAAACGUACAAGGCGUACAUCGCUGUAUUUGUUUGCAUGAAGACAAAAGCAGUGCAUCUCGAUUUGGUCACAGAUUUAACAACAGAUGCAUUCAUGGCUUGUUUGUCGCGUCUAAUUUC